CUAGCUGUUAAUAAUUUGUCAUUUCAAAAAUGUUGAAAACCGUCUACAUAUAAGGUGUGUUUAUACUAAAGGAACUAAUUCCGCCGUAUCAUGUCUCGUGCUUCGAAGCGCGUCUACGAGGCCAAGACCGCCUAUCCGGAUCGUACCAAGAACGAGGAGAAAUCCUUCACGGAGGUGAAUGUGCCGAUCAAGAAGCUGGACACGGCCCUGCUUCUUUUGAGCUCCCAGGAGGAGUGCGUCCUGCUGACCGUCUUUAGCCACAUCACAGAUUUCGCCCGCCGCGAGGAUGCUAAUGUCCUGGAUCUUAGGGCCCACCGCCUGCUGGAAAUCCUAUUGGAAAAGGAACUGUUCAUCAACUCGGAGAACACGAUGAUACGACGUUUUGCUUUGUUCCUGCUCACCGCUCUGCUGGAAAAAACGGACAUGGCCACCUAUGAGCCACAGCAGGCGGAUCAGAUCCUGGACCUGGCGUGCAAAUUCUAUUUAAAGGAGACCGACGAUUUCUGCAUCGAGUACCUGACAUAUAUAUUGAAUGUUUGUCUGAAGGAUCCCCAGAUGGCCCAUGGCAUUUUGGAGGCCACCGAGUUUCUGGAAAAGUUCAAGAUUGUGUUUAUUAAUUCUGAGAAUCCGGACACGGUUUUAAACUCAAUCGAGGCACUGCAUCGGAUGCUUCUAGUCCAGAGUGCCGAUCAAAUGCUGGAGUUCACUACCCAGCCAGAUUUUCCCAUCGAUCGGAUUAUCUGCGAGGUGACCAACGAGUUCCAGGAGAUCCGAAAGGCUGCGCUGAAAACAUUGAAAACCCUUCUGGCGGACACUGGAGACAACAGCGUUUUUGAGCCACUGCAUCGCUGCUUCUUCGUCCUGCAGCAGCUGGUCAAGGCCUUCUGCGAAAACCCCCAAGGACCUGAAGCCCCCGAUAUUAUCGAAGUCCUGGCCACGGCCCUGCGCUCCGAGAAGAUGACCAAGCUGUUCUUCGAGCAGAACCUCUUUGACCUGGUCGUGGAGCAGCUGCGCAACCACAUGGAUGUGAUGCCGUUAGAAAUGCGCUGCAGCAUAAUCUCGAUCUUCGCAGAGACGGCUCAGUACGAACAGUUUCUGCCGCGGAUGCACAAGGCAGAGCUCACGGAUAUGUUCCUCAAAUGUCUGAUGCAGAACAAGCCAGCUCCGGCCGCGUUUGUAAUCCAGGGCCUGCACCGCAUGUCCCAGUUUCCGGAUGCACUGCGACAAAUUGUGGCCGCCUACGAGGAGGGUGCCAUCCGCAAACUGGUGUCCAUCCUAAUGUCGCCGGAACUGCCCGUCAAGGUGCGUGAGCAGGCGGCAGAGUUUAUUGCUCGCCUGCUGGAGGCCUCCUUCCGGGAAACGGCUGCCGAGCUGCAGGAGCAGGACAUCGCCGUUGUCCUUACGGCAAUCAUUACCCAGGGACAACCCACCCUGUCCAUCGAUCUCAUCCUCUCGCUGCUGACGAUCAUCGAGAGUCUGGCCCAGAACGAGGAGUACCGCGCGAUCCUGGGGGAUUACAGCUUUUUGACCGAGCAGCUUGCCCAGCUGCUGAUGCGUUCCUAUGCUCACUCCAUUCUGGUGAACAAUAUCUUCCGCUGCCUGUGCACUCUGAUCGAUGAACCUCUUGUGCGAGAGACCCUCUUGGCCAACUACAUAGUCUCCUCCAUCAAGCGGGCCCUGAAAUCGCUGUCCAACUUGGUUAAGACCUCGGUGACCAACUUUAUUCUGCAGACCACGCGCUUCAACGAGUUUAUUGACGCCUACAUCGAUCGGGGUAUUCUGGAAGUUUUGCUGGAGUUCCAGAAGCAUGCCUUCUGCGUUUCCACCUGGGGCCCGGCCAUCGAGAGCAUCCUGUCCAAGUGUCCCACGAUGAAGUUCGCCAUCCGCAACAGCCUGACCUUUACGGACAUCACAGCCGGCAAGGACUUCUAUGUGUCGCGCAGGAAGUUCGAAGACUUCCGAAAUUUCCAGGACAUCCUGCGCAACGACUGCUCGCCCCUGGACUCCGUGCUAGUGGUUAAUUUCGAUCGUCCAAGGCCGGAUGAAAACGAUGUGAUCCCAGUGCCCGUGCGAUGCUUAACCUUAAUUACGGAUACUCCAGGUGAUCAGAGCUGGGUCUACUGCAAGCGACCUGGAGAUCCCUUCUUGCCGCAGUACCUGGAGGCACUCAACCAGACGCUGGCUAUUCACGGCUUGGUUGAAAAUCCCGAAAGGAUCCGUCGCUCCAUUGACUUUGACAAUGUGGCCAAGCGGGCCAAGCUGGUCGCCCAGGCGGUCUACGCCGUGAUGAACGAUAAUCUCAAGAUUCUGGACCUCAACUCGACGGAGGAGUGCUGCCGGAACACGGUCAAGUGCCACCUGCAGGACCUGACCCACGUCCUGCACACGAACUUCGUUCCGCUGGGAAUGGUGCGCAGCGGCUGCCAGUUCGAGCGGGCGAUCCUCUUCAAGGGUUUGGCAGAUCAGAUUGGGCUACCCUGCACCCUGGAGCGAAGUGUCGAUGGCAGGAUGCUCUUCAACGAGGUGCCCCUGCCCCUGGAGCAGGACAAGGAUGUGCACUGCGACAAGAAGACGCUCAAGUUUAUGCCCUGGCGAAUGCUGCGACCCACUCACGUGGUGGACCUCAUGUACAACGUGGGCGAACUCUACCCGAUGCAGAGUCGCCAGGCGCUUCAGUACCUGCGACUCUACUAAAUCUAGUUUCCGUGUUCUCCCCACAAUCGCCGUUUCGCUUGCAAAAUUAUCCUGUCCUACCGUUUUUGUCCUGGUUAUUUAGUAAAAAAGUUUUAUUAAGCAAAAUA